AUGUUGAAACAGAACCUGGGUCGAUCCACUCGCUCCAUCUAUCUCUCCCUGGCGUUUCUCUCCCUGGCUCUCCACCUCCUUCUGGCAUUUUUUUGUUUCUCUAUCCUCCAGACAGCAUGUGUACCUUCUUCCUCCUCCUCCUCCUCCUCUUCUUCCCUUCCAAGAACAGAUAGUGAGCACCGUCAGUCCCUCUCUCACUCUUCCUCUUCUCCGGCUGCCUCCUCCUCAAAUAAACUGCCAACAAUCCCCCAGAAUGAAGAGCAUCACAAACUGAAUUCCAACAAGUUAAACCAUAAAGAGAAAGACUUAUUAUGGGAUGCCACUGAGAGGGUCAAUAAACUGACUGGAGGUUUGAUCCAAAAGGUCAAGGGUUGGUCUAAGCUUGAGGCGCUUUUCAAACACCCGCUGUACAACCUGCCCCCUCAAAGUUUGCAAGACGAUGAUUGGCUGCUGAGGGUGAAGAAAAACACUGAACAUACAAGUGAUGAAGGAAGUGAGGAAGAGGAGGAGGAAGACUCCAUCGAUGCUGACAGUGAUUGGGAGAGUGCCAGCGAGGAAAAAGGCUACGACAAAGUGUCUUGGACGAAGGAGGUGGAGACCCAUCCUCCAUGGCUGCGCUUCCACCUGGGCAUCUCUCGCUGGGAGCUGUACGACAGGAAGGAUCCCAACCUGGCCCAGCUGACUCACUAUUUGGCAAGGCAGCGUGUCCUCGGUGCUGUUCAGAAGACAGGAGGCACGCAGCUCAAACUGCUCAUGUCGUUCCCAAACUACGGACAAGCUCUUCUGAAACCCAUGAGUCUGCUGCAUCUGGAUAACGGACGGGCGUUCGGCCGUCACUCUCAGGACGAACCGACUAUUCUAGUUCCUUUGAAACAAUGCUGCAGCAUCCGUCGCUCCACCCUCCUCCGCCUGCGUCUCCUGUCCCUCCCUGGUUUCCGUCUCAGUGACGUCAUGAGGGAGUCUCUGGCUCAGGACCCUCUGGCCCCUCUGGCCCCGCUCCUCUCUGAAGGAAACCUCUCUGCUCUGGACCGGCGCCUCGCAUCCGUCCUGCAGGCGGUGCAGACCUGCCAAGAACACCACACAGACGUCAUCUACAACGACUUGGAAGGAUACGAUACCAUCAACAGCAUGCACGAGGAACAAAACAAUAAAUGA